AUGACGAUUGAAGAUAGUUCUUGCUCCGAUGAUGUUGUUGCUCCGUUAUUGCCUACACGUCAAGGAGAUGAAGUUGCUUACGAUGAAUUUAAUGGAGCUUCGUUUAGUGGAGCGGUUUUCAAUCUCGCUACUACUAUAAUCGGUGCUGGAAUCAUGGCUUUGCCUGCAACGAUGAAGAUAUUAGGGCUUGUACUCGGAAUUACAAUGAUUGUUGUUAUGGCUUUCUUGACUGAUCAAUCAAUUGAGUUCUUGCUUAGGUUUACUAAAGCUGGGAAAAAACGAUCUUAUGGUGGCUUAAUGGGUGACUCUUUUGGCAAACCUGGAAGGAUUUUGCUUCAAGUUGCUGUUCUAGUCAAUAACAUUGGUGUUUUGAUCGUUUACAUGAUUAUCAUUGGUGAUGUGUUGUCUGGAAAGACAGAAGAUGGUAUCCACCAUUCCGGUGUUCUUGAAGGAUGGUUCGGUGACCAUUGGUGGAACGGAAGAGCUGCUAUUCUUCUCAUUACAACUCUUGGUGUGUUUGCUCCAUUGGCUUGCUUUAAGCGAAUUGAUUCUUUGAGAUAUACAUCUGCCUUAUCAGUGGCUCUGGCAGUUGUGUUUCUCAUCAUCACAGCGGGAAUUUCUAUCAUGAAGUUGAUCAGUGGUGGCGUGCCAAUGCCAAGAUUGCUACCAGAUGUUACUGACUUGACAUCCCUCGGGAAUCUCUUCACAGUUGUACCUGUUCUUGUCACCGCAUUCAUUUGCCAUUACAAUGUUCACAGCAUACAGAACGAGCUCGAGGAUCCCUCUCAGAUAAGACCUGUUGUCCGAUCAGCCCUUAUGCUCUGCUCAUCUGUUUACAUAAUGACAAGCAUUUUUGGGUUCCUCUUGUUUGGCGACGAUACUCUUGAUGAUGUCCUUGCAAACUUUGACACCGAUCUUGGAAUCCCUCUUGGUUCUAUACUUAAUGAUGCGGUUCGAGUUAGCUAUGCUCUUCAUCUGAUGCUUGUCUUCCCUAUUGUUUUCUACCCUCUGCGGAUUAACAUUGACGGGCUCUUGUUCCCGUCCGCUCCAUCAUUAACUUCAUCAAAUGUAAGAUUCGGUUGCCUCACUGCUGGUCUCAUCUCUGUAGUCUUCUUGGGUGCAAACUUCAUCCCGAGCAUUUGGGAUGCUUUCCAAUUCACUGGAGCAACUGCUGCUGUUUGUCUUGGCUUCAUAUUCCCAGCCUCGAUUAUACUAAAGGAUCGACAUAGCAAGGCAACUAGCAGGGACACUACCUUAGCGAUUUUCAUGAUCGUUCUUGCAGUCGUGUCUAAUGCAAUCGCCAUUUACAGUGAUGCAUAUGCGUUGUUUAAGAAGAACUCACCUCGUGAGUGA